AGUAAUGGUCAAGGAUUCGAAAAUACCAUUUAAGUAACAACAAACAAAUUUAUAUCUAUUUUAAAAUGCAGUACUACGUUAUAAUAUUGUGUUUAAUUGCAGUGUGUGGAGCUAAACAAUUACCUAGUUAUAUUAAUGCCUGUAAGCCAAAACAUACAGACAUUACAAAAUGCAUUUUAAAAAAUGUCGAAGAACAGGUGAAGCCAAGAUUACUUAAUGGUAUUCCUGAAAUGGGUAUACCUACUAAUAACCCUUUUUUCGUUCAAUCUAUAGAGGUAAGCUUUGGAAACACCCUUAAAACAAAAGUAUCCAACAUGAAGAUAUGGGGAAUGGAAGAGAUGAUAAUUGAUAAUCUAAAAUUCGAUUUAGACAAUGUGUUGCUCGAUAUAAAUAUGACAAUACCCAAUAUGCGUACACAAUUUGACUACAACGUUGAAGGCAAAGUUCUAGUUCUAAACUUGGAUUCAACGGGACCUGGACAAAUAAAUAUAACUAAUCUCUUUUCAAUAAUCACAACCAAUGGAACAAAGGAAGCAAAACAUGGAAAAUCAUAUUAUGUUUUUAAAAAUAUUAACCUCGAUGCAAAAGUUGGUAAAAUGAGCGUCCAAUUAGACAACUUAUUUCCUGGUAAUCCAGAAAUUACAGAAAAUGCCAACAAGCUUUUUAAUGAUAAUCAGCUUGUGUUAAUCGAGGAAUUUGCUCCGAUUAUUUAUAAUGUGGUGAAGAACGUAUUACUCAAUGGACUGAAUAAUAUUUUCGCAAGAUUUCCCACAGACGUCCUAUUUCCCGAUGACUAAAUAUGUUUUAAUAUUCGUAAAUAUAAACUGUUAUUAAUUU